CAACUUCAUUCUCCUCUGUUCACUCUGCACAAGUUUUCUCCUCCUUCUUCGUCCGCCAUGGAAGAAGCAGUAGCGGCAGCGACACCCUCUUCUCAGAGAAAGGCCAAGAGGAAGUCUCGAACCCUAGCUUCCGGCGACCCUGAGCUCGAGCGUCUCAACUCACUCUCAUGGAACCCCACUUUCCCUCAACAAGAUGAUGACAACGAUCCCUUUUCCCUCUUCAUUGGCUCCAAUGAACUCGAAGGAGGUUUUCUUUCACUUGAGGAGAUUGAUGAGGCUGAUUAUGGAAUGGAUAUUCAUAAACCUGGAGGAGAUGACAACAAGAAGCAGGUGGUGCCUAAGCAGGGCAAAAAGUUGAAGAAACAGAAGCAUGAUGGGGUUGAUGGUGCUCGUAGUAGCGACGAUGUGCCGGAAGUGGAAACCGAUGGAGAAAUCGUGAAGGAUGAGGAAGUGAAGACUGAGGUGAAGAAAAAGAAGAAGAAGAAGAAUAAAAACAAGGCUGCGAAAGAAAACCAGAAACUCGAGCCGCAGCCGGAUACUGGUUUAGAUGCUGAUGUGAAGGGUGAUGUUGGGGAAGAGAGCAUUGAUGAGACUGAAUUUUAUGGAUGGAAUGAGUUGAGGCUUCAUCCUCUUCUAAUGAAAGCAAUAUACAAGCUUGGCUUCAAGGAACCAACACCAAUACAGAAAGCUUGUAUUCCAGCAGCUGCUCAUCAAGGGAAGGAUGUUAUUGGGGCUGCAGAGACAGGGUCUGGUAAAACACUUGCGUUUGGUUUGCCAAUUUUGCAACGCAUUUUGGAGGAGAGAGAGAAGGCCGGAAAGAUCGAAGAAGAAAAGGGUGAAAAAGCUGAAAAGUAUGCUCCUACCGGUCUUUUGAGGAGUCUUAUUAUUGCGCCUACUAGAGAACUUGCACUUCAGGUCACUGAUCAUCUGAAAGCAGUAGCCAAGUAUAUUAAUGUUAGGGUGACCCCUAUAGUUGGAGGGAUUUUAGCAGAAAAACAGGAGAGACUUUUAAGAUCAAAACCUGAGAUUGUGGUCGGGACUCCAGGGAGGUUAUGGGAACUUAUGUCAUCCGGAGAAAAGCAUCUAGUCGAGCUACAUUCAUUGUCUUUCUUUGUGCUUGAUGAGGCUGAUCGAAUGGUACAAAAUGGUCAUUUCAAGGAGCUGCAAUCUAUAAUUGACAUGCUUCCCAUGUCCAAUAUAUCCACUGAAGAUAAUUCUCAAAAUGCAGAAAAUUGUGUUACAGUUUCUAGCUACCAAAAAAAGAAAAGGCAAACUCUUGUUUUUUCAGCAACUGUUGCCCUGUCUGCUGACUUUCGCAAGAAGCUAAAGCAUGGUACACAAAAAAAGCAGAAGCAAUCAUUGACAGAUGGAUUGAAUUCUAUUGAAACUCUUUCUGAGCGAGCUGGAAUGAGACCCAAUGCUGCAAUUAUCGAUCUUACCAAUCCAUCAAUAUUAGCAGCUAAGCUUGAGGAAUCAUUUAUUGAAUGCACGGAAGAAAAUAAAGAUGCCUAUGUGUAUUAUAUUCUGACUGUCCAUGGAAAAGGCCGUACAAUAGUUUUCUGUACGUCAAUCGCAGCUCUGCGUCAUAUUUCUUCCGUAUUGCGCAUUCUUGGUAUCAAUGUGUGGACUCUUCAUGCCCAAAUGCAGCAACGAGCACGUUUAAAGGCCAUGGACCGUUUCCGGGAAAAGGAAAAUGGCAUACUUGUUGCUACCGAUGUUGCUGCAAGGGGUCUUGAUAUUCCUGGUGUUAAAACGGUUGUCCACUAUCAGCUUCCACAUUCAGCAGAGGUUUAUGUACAUAGAAGUGGUAGAACAGCAAGAGCUUCUGCUGAAGGUUGUAGCAUUGCUUUAAUCUCACCGAGAGAUACAGCAAAAUUUGCUUCAUUGUGCAAGUCAUUUUCAAAGGAUGCCUUUCGAAGGUUUCCUUCAGAGAACUCAUACAUGCCAGAGGUUCUGAAACGAUUGUCUCUUGCACGUCAAAUAGACAAGAUAACGAGGAAGGGUUCCCAGGAGAAGGCUGAAAAAAACUGGUUUGACCGGAAUGCCAACUCAGUGGAAUUAGUUACAGAAAAUUAUGACAGUGAGGAGGAACAAGUUAACAAAUAUAAGGAAACCAAAGCUAGCUCUAGACAUUUGAAGAAAUUGCAGGAGGAGCUCAAUAUGCUGAUUUCACGUCCUUUACAAUCAAAAACAUUUUCACAUCGAUAUUUAGCAGGGGCUGGUAUCACACCUCUCAUGCAGGGACAUUUGCAACAAUUAGCAAGGCAAAAACUAAGUGAUCACCAGGGUUCAGGACCAGGCAAAAAGGGGAAAUUGGUUGUGAUUGGUCAAGAUUGUGUGGAAGCACUUCAGGCACUUCGAAGUGGUGGUGAAGAGGUGCGCAUGGAUGCCAAAGAUUUGGCAGGAAAACAGAGAAAUAUGCAGAAUUUAAAAAGAAAAAGAAAAGACGAGAAGAGACGUUUGCGUGAUGAGCGUAGAAAGCAGAAGAGAGACCAAAAGCAGGAGGACGAAUAAUUUUACAUACAACUGAGACAGGUAAAAUUUAACACAAAAAAAUGUUACAAGUGGCUGAUUUUUCAGGACAGCACUGUUGUUUCUCACUUUGAUAUGUAUGACAAUAUAGUCCGAUGUUAAAUAGUAGGGGUAUGAUUGGUUAAGUUUAUAUUAUUGGAACCCCACUGUCAUCCUUGAUAGUUCUCACGUAAUAUUCAUGCUUGAAGAAUGCAGUGUUUCUAGAGAAACAUUGACCCGCUGUGACAUUUUGCUGCAUCGAGAAUUGUAUUUGCAUUCCAGUUAGAAGUGGCUAAAAGAACCUUAAAUGGAAAUCCAUGUCUCACAAUGGCUAAAAGAACCUUUAUAUUGAGAGGGAUGAGUCUUUUUUUUAGGUGAAUCCGGCACAUUUUUUUGGUGAAUGAGUCUUCAAUGCUACCUGAGUAGUGAAAUUUUGCUCUAUAUUAUUCUUUUAAUUGUAAAUGUUGAAAUUACUUUGACUAGUAAGUGCUGAUUUUUUUUGGGUA